AUGAUGGAGUUAAGCUUCAUCCAAAACAACCUCAACCACUGUAGUGCGGCUCAAGAUCUGUUAGCCCAAUACAUGGUUGAGGAGAAGAUUGACGUCGCGCUCAUAAGCGACCCCUACAGGAUCGAUGCCCACUCAACAUCCUGGAUCGCCAGCACAGGCACAAACAGGGCGGCUAUCUUCAUCGUGAGCAAUGGAGUAACAAUCGCCAACGUGGUCCGCGAUCCCGAAUUCAUUUCCGCUCGACUCAACGGCGUGCAGGUAUACUGCUGCUACGCCUCACCCAACCGAAGCCUGGAGGAAUUCAACGACUUUCUCCACCGAUUGGAGGACAGCCUGAGGUCCAUCGAAUAA